AUGGCAGAAAAGAAAAUCCAAGAAAACCCCCUACCUGAGGAUUCACAACCAGAACCAGGAGACAAACCGAAAGAUGCACCCAAACAAGUGCCUAAAACAGUGGUGGCCGUGCCUGUACCACCACAUCCCACUUCUCGAUUCAGUAUUCCUUCUCUGACUAAGACUCCACCUAAUGAGUUGUAUAGAAAGCUACUUCCUGCCAUUUUAUUUGUCCUAACAUUUGUAACUGUUAUGACGAUGCUACUCAUUUAUAUGGACACAGUUGCUCUGGGAGCACAACAGUUCCGUCUGAAUAUGUCUCGAGAUUAUGAGCUGGCCCGAAUUCCUGCUGAGUCCGCUACUUUGGUUGCUUACGUGCGCCAAUUGCAUUUAGCCCCUAGACCUCCUAAGAACCCCCCUCCAGAACCCACAAUCACCGACAGAGUUGAGGUGCUAGACAGACUUUACGGGGAAAUUUACAACGGCACUUUUGUGGAGUUCCUACCGCGCGGAGGCCGCGAGCCCACCACUGCAUACUUGGAGAUGAUGCGCGGAUGGAAGGGGGUAGUGGUGAGGGCUGCACCGCGAGACUUCUUGGCAUUGAGGGGUGCCGCCAGUGCGCUACAUGCCUGUCUCAGUCCCACUACCCACCCGAGAGAGGUGAGCUAUCAAGAGCCGGAGAGCAGUGGAGUGACGUUCAGCUCGCGGGUCCUGUGUCUACCGCUGUACACCGUGCUGCUGGCUGCGGACGCGACGCAGGCGCACUAUGUGCUGUUGGGAGGGGAUGCAGCGCCGGCGGCCCUCGCGCAUUUGCCCUUCCACGAAUCGGCCGUUCGUCUUCAGGUGAUCGAGUACCGUUCGACUGAUCCGUCGGCCCGCAACAAGACAACAGAACUCCUCCUCACCAAGAACUACACGAUCGCCGCUGAAUUUCGCGAUGGGGUCAUGUUCGCCCUCAAACGAACGCCGUAG